AUGCCGAUCUUUUCUCGUAACAUGCACCCUCCUGCGGCAGAGGCAGCUGCGCUUCCCUCUGCACAAAACUCCCCCGAAAAGCCUGGCGAAGAGGCCGAGGCUGGCAAGUGGUUUAACAAGCGUCCGGGCCCUUUGUCGUUCGGUGGGCUGGCCAAGCGCCCGCUCGCCAACGAAAAGCUCCCCAUGACGCCCCCCCCGAAUGUCAACAAACAGCUGAGCGCCUCCCAUGCCCAAGACGCGGCGCUCGCGCAGAGGGUCGACCCCUCGCGCCUCUCGCAGUUUUCGCUGCGGCUCAACGAGCUUGUGAACAAGGCGUUUGUUGCGCCAAACACGUCGGCCGCCGCACCUGCGCCACUCUCGGCCACAUCGCCGUUCAGUGGCGCGGUGAUUGCGCUGCCCCGCCUCCAGUCGAUCACCUACGGCUCGAAUCGGCUGCCUGACCGUGUCAAGGUGAUUGAAAUGACGCGGCUCAUUGUGAACGAGCUGCAGAACGCUGCAACCGUCGACCCGUACCUGCUGCGUGCCGUAUCACGCGCGGUGCUCAAGUCGAUCUCGCUGUUUGUCACGCGGAUCGAGUCGCUGCUGGUGCCUGCAGCACGCGACCCGUCGGCUCUUGUCGUCCCGUCGUCGGUGCGCGGUGCGCAGCAGCUGCCCGCCGCGAUGGAGUUCAACUUGGCGCUGAUGAGUCUCGAGUGGAUUGUGGAAGAGAGCCUCGAGCGCUGUCUCGAAGGCCUGCCUCCUCUUGCGCUCCUGAGCUCGCCCAACAUCAUGGUCCCGACAUCGUCUGAGGGCGAGGCGGCGCCGCGCAUGCCGCCGUACGUCCACGAGAUUCUCUCGCCGCUGCGCGAGCAGAUGGAGGCGAGUAUUAUCCAUGUCGUGCAGCCGGUGCUGGUGCAGGUCAAGUCGUCGCUUGCGGGCUGCAUUGCAAAGGGCAACCCCUACCCCUUCCAGCCCCAAAAGGCGCCCGGCGCAGAGACCGACGUGGGCGCGGUGCGCUCGCCCAGCGCGGCGUGGCUCAAGGAGCUCGAGGAGCGCCUCGAUACCGCACACCGUCUCCUCUUUCUGCGUGUCGUGGAGCGGUGUGGCCAGGACGGGCAGGCAUGGUACAUCUCGGUCGCGAUCCACCUUAUCUGGAAAGGACUCGUGGCCAUCACCUCGCGUUCCGUCUUUGCGCCGGCGAGCGUUGUCGAGGCACAGUUUGCCCACACGUUUGGGCGCACGUCGGGCACGGCGCCGUCGAGCGCUGUGCUCAACUCGCUCCUUUCGGACGAGUCGAGCAGCAAGCGCGUGCCGACCCCCACGCAGCUCGCCCAUGCCCUGCGCUCGGUUGGCAAGCCCGGCGCACACCGCCUGCGCAAGGCGCCCGGUGAGGCGGCGACCGGCGCCCAGACGCCGGUCGAAAUGCACGAGUCCGAGUUUGACGGCUGGAAGACGCACUUUAUGCUGCCGAACGAUGACACUGACUGCUACGUGAUCAACCCUCUCCUCGUUGCCGAGCAGCUGCACGACCUGCAGGUGUUUGAGCGCCUCAUGACGCAGUUUGCUUCCGACCUCGCGACCCCCGCGCACUUCCAAAAGACGCGGCGCUCUGCGAGCCGGCAGCGCAAGGCGUCGGGCGACAGCGAGGUGUACGACGAAGGCCUGCAUCCCGCGCGCUCGCACUCGAGCGAUGACCAGGACGAGAGCGAGGACGAGGACCUGGCGCACGCCGCGCUCAAAGAGGCGCUCGGCGCGCUCCAGUCGACCGUGGUAGUGCUGCGGACGCUGCUCCAGGAGCCAGACACGCUGCAGCACCUGGCGAUGCGCACCAAGCACGGCAGCGAGGCGACAGAGCACCUCUUGACGCCUGCUGCCCUGCACGCGUUCAACGUAAUUCCCGAGCUGCUCCUCGUGCACAUUGCCUUUUGCCGCAUCCCCCCGGGCUGGACACAGCGCGACGACCAGCGCCCGGAUGCAGAGAGCGCACGCGCCGGCCUCCUUCCGACCCCGCCGCAGCUCUUUGGCUACACCUGGGCGCAGUACGAGGCGGCGCUCACCGGCUUUGCGGCCGGCGAGGCGGCCGCGUCGUCGCUCGCGCGCCUCUACGCGCCGGUGCUCGGCGAAGUCUACCACAUGCUCGACGAGCGGUGCGCCGACCACGAGCCGCACCCCGACGACCCCGACGCCAGCUCGAUCCACUCAGAGUCGAGCGCGGAGGGCGACGUGCCGAGCGCCAUGACGCAGUCUGCGCCCACGCUCGACAAUUUGCACAUCAGCGACACCCCCAAGGCCAACCGCGAGGCGCCGGUCAUGGGCCACAUGAACCUGGAGCACGGCGAGCCGACGCGCUCGCGCUCGCUGCACCGCAGCGCCAUCUCCAACCGAUUCUGGCGCCGCUCGCACGCGAGCGGCCACGGCCUGCACCUCCCCCACGCGCUGCCGCCGCGUGUGUCGCGUGCGAACGCCACGAGCUCGCCGUACCUUGGCCGCCACCGGCGCACUUCGCCGCUCGGCCACUCGAACAGCUCGCUGCCCCGCAGCCAGACGCAUACGCUGGCGCACAUGCAGCGCAAUGCGCUCAACAUGUUUGAUAGCGUGCUCAGGCGCGUCGACCAGACGUACCGCAGCAACACACCGUAG